AUGACUGUGCCUAAAGUAGUUUGUCUCUUUGAGACAUUUAGAGAAUUACAGGCAAAAUGUCUGAAAGCAUAUUUCUCUUUGUCGAAAACAUUUCUUAAUUUGUCUCAAUCUCGGAUAGAAACACUGCAUAUCUAUAGAAUGAUGCACUCGCACUCACCUGAAAAUAGUGACUCUAACAAGAAGCAAGUCAAAGACUUGAAAAACAAGAAGAGCGAACUCUCCAAGCUCUAUGCCUCUAGAUUCAAACAUAAUAAGAAUAUCGGACACGGUGGUAGCAAUCUCACUGUCAGACCAAAGCUUGAAAAGGUCGUUUUUAUGGCCAUGAGAGCAGAGUAUAAGGUCCAGAAGAAGCUGAAGUACAAGCUGAAGGCUGUCAAGGUAAAGCUGGCAAAAGAUACUGCCUUUGGCUUGAUGAGGGAAGCAGAAUUUGGCUCUGAUCCUCUAGCAAAGGGGAAGGACAAGCGGAAGGGCAAGGCCAAGGCCAAGACGGACGAUUUUUAUGACACUGAAGAUAUAAAUACUAGUGAAGAUGGCGAUGACAGCGAGGAAAAAGAUGAAGAUGAUGACAGCGGUGAGAUCAACUCAACCAAAAAAAAAACAAAGGCCGUAACGAUGGAGACUAACAGGAAGAGUAAGGUGACUGAAAAAACCACUGAGAUAAGCAAUGAGGAGGGUGGUCUAUCUAACAGUAACCCGGAUGAAGGGGUAUAUGACCUCUUGCAUGAUCAAUGUUGCUCUUUGGUUGAAGAGCGUGAAUUCCACAGGGAUAUUCUUGCAAUUUUAAGUAAAGCCCUCAGUUAUUUUGAGAUAAUAGCAAAGCAUUUUGAAAAGUAA